AUGACUGCGUAUGAGCACUACCGCGAUGAAUUCCUCUGUCCAAUCACCGGCGCUACAAGUGACGUAUAUGAGUGUCCUCUAAUACCUUAUGAUGCCAGCGAUGCCAGCCCUAUGACUGUCGCAUGUCAGGAGUGGAUAUUUGGUCUCAAGCGAGGAGGCCUUCCCUACUACCUGCACUCUCCGGAAAACCAUAUCGUAUUUCGCAAAGACAUAGGCGAAAUGUUGCGGGAAGGAGCCUUCGUGCUUGUGCCCACUUACAGGACGUAUCUGGACGUCAUGCACUUCAUAGAGUCCGCAGCGCAGAAGGGUCGCAAUAACAGGCCUCGUCGGCCAUUGUCCGCACUGGCUCCGGCGAGCGGCCUUUACCGCUACGUAUUCAUACCGCUCACAGAGGCCGCUCGUGCACUUCAAGAUGAGUUUCAUCUCAAACCACAAACCAAGGAGGACCUCAAUGGCGGUAUCAGCCCAGUGCACAACAAACCAUAUCUUCCAGGAAGCGAUCAGUUUCGGGUCAUCGAGUGUCUCACGCAUCCAUUCUCCGUCUGCUCAUGGGCGUUUGCGAUGCUCUACAGGUGCUCCACACCCCUUACAUCACAGUGGCAUGUGCUUUGUGGGCGGAUCGUCCGACAGUGGCAACAUGAGCGGAUCAAGCCUCCUACGUGGUUCUUUGAAGCUCCAAAGUACACACAGGACGACGAGGCCCUCACUCCCUCCGAGGCAACGGGCUAUGUCAUACCCGAUCACCGUCCGCGUAAACACGAUCCCGUCGAGAUACUAAAAAACGCCGCUAUCGAGGAGGACAAUUACUGCAAGAAGUGCGCCAAGUGGACGCUCGACGUACCUCCGGAUGCGCCACCUCCCGAGGAGGACCCUCCUUACUCCGUCUACCGCGAGCGUCGCUCAGUACGCAUCGCAAAGCGCGCGCACCCGUAUUACCGGCCACCCAAGUCACCUUCUGCAGAGGAAGACUGCUCUGGCCCGCUCCCGUCGCCGACGCGCAAAGGCCAACGUGCGCUGCAGACAUGCAAGCGCGACCCCAUCAAGAACCCGCCGUCGUGGGCAGUGCGGAACGGCAAGUACCCAACGCAGACGUUCUGCAGCAACGACUGGGCGUACUUCAAGUACAACGUCUAUCUAGCCUCGUUCGACGACAGGUAG